UUCUUGCCGGUUCCUGGAGACUGUUAGAGGAAAAGUCACUUCUUCCUGCUUCCCAGGCUCCCCGGCGGCGCCGGUUGCCAGGGGACGCGGGCGCUGUGGGAAGGGAUGGCGGGAGGAAGUGUACGGCUUUGGUGCCGAGGCUGUAGCUGAGUUGGAGAAGCUUGGGCUCGGCAUGAAACAACGAAAAAGCCAGGGGCCUGGGGGCAGCCGUGGCCGCAAGAAGAGAGGUUUGAGUGAUAUUUCUCCAUCUACAAGCCUACCACCUCUGGUUGAAGGCCAGCUACGCUGCUUUCUGAAACUUACUGUUAAUAAAGUCAUAUGGAAGGUUGCAAAGCCUCCCACUUGUGUACUUGUCCGAGUAAGAUGGUGGGGAGAAACAUCAGAUGGAACCCUUUUUUGUCCCAGGGAUGCUUUGCAGACUGAACCAAAAGCUGUGAGAACGACUACACGUUAUGCUAUUCGCUGUGGUCCAAAGCAGUUUACCUCUUAUCUAACAGAUAUGGCUGUGCUGGUGCUGGAAGUAAUCACCAAACUUGAUCAUCUUCCAGUUGGUAGAGUUCAGAUCAGUGGACUAGCCCAGCUUUCUCCAACCCAUCAGAUCAAUGGAUUUUUUACCAUUGUUUCACCGACAUCUAAAAAACUUGGAGAACUUCAGGUCUCACUUGCCCUGGAGCCUUUGUCAGAAACUUACGACAGCUACCAUCCUUUUCCUGCUACUGACGUGACAGAAAAUGUGCUUUUGUCUGAGCAGGGAGUCAGAGAGAAUAUUGAUCUCAGUGAUACCCGGUUUCUGGUUCCAUCAAGACCUCAGAGGAUUCCUACCACCAAAAUUGAUGGAAAAGAAUUAGCAACCAACAGUAGUAGGUCAACCACUCCAAGGGGAAAGGACCACUUAUACUUUGUUGAGAACUCAGAUCCAGUAAAGGAUUCUUUCUUUGGACUACAGCACCAUCUUAAUUCAGGACAGAGUUUAGAGUUUGUAACUCUGAAAGGUGAAGCCCCACGGAAACAGAUGUCUCUUCUCAACAGUUCUGAGUUCCAGCCUCAAACUAGGACAGUUGCAAAGAGUCACAGUGACUCAUGCAUUCUUUCUUCAAACAACCCCCCUACCAAGGAUCUUCUUUCAGCUCUGAUUGAACAAGGCAAUAAGCUGCGUAAUGCCAUGGCAGUUUCUGCAAUGAAAUUAAGCCCAGAUACUAGUAUGUUGUUGGGCGAAGUUCAUCCACCAGUGAAAGAAGAUUUUCUUAGAAAUUCAACACAAAUCAAAGCCUUUUCUAGGAAUCCAUUUAAAGGCCACAUUGAAGAUCGCCUUCUCCCUCCAAUUGAGAAUACAUUUUGGAAGCAUGAAACAAAAGCUGAUUCUAGAGCCAUACAGCUGCUAUUAGGCAGUGCUGAAUUAUCCCAAGGUCAAGACUGGGAUGGACUUGGCUCUCCUCCAGAUUCCCCUUCUCCUGGAAGUGACGUGUAUUGCGGCAGUGAGCUGAAUGACCCUCAGUAUGACCAGAGUCUCCUGGAGAAUUUAUUUUACACAGCACCGUGCCCCUCUUUUGUCAACCCCUCUCCCUGUCCACAGAAAUCUGAUAGCAGCAUCAGUGAUUUCGUCAGUGAAGAUGAUAAUAUUGUCCCUUCUAAAAAAAUGAACCAGUCAAAAGCUCGUGCCACAUCUCCCAAGGUUCUGGAAUCAAGUGAUCAUAAAUUGAAGAAGAGAGCAUCGGGCAAGAAAAAUAGAAAUUUGGUUGAACAACAGAUGCUUUCAGAAUCUCCAAAAGAUGCCCAAAUGAUGGCCUUAAGUGUGGAUAGACUGGCCCUUCUGGGUAGAACACAUUCAGUCAGAAUCAUCAUUGAAACUAUGGCAGUUCCUCCAGAUAGUCCUGAGAUGAUUCCUAGCAAAAAAAGCUUUCCUGGGAGACUGCCUAGGCUGACAACAGCAAAAAAGCGCACUUUCUUUGUGGAAUAUCACUUUCCUGUGGGCUUUUCCAAAAGUGGAUUGGGAAAGACAGCUCUGAUCACUGAGGUCAUUCGGCUUGCCUCCAGUAAAAUUACAGAUGGAAUGGUGAAGUUCCAGCAGCGAUUUGUGUUUCCCGUACAGUUUGAUGGAUCAAUGAUAGAACAUUGGUGGAAUUCCAACCUCACUUUCCAAAUUUACACAAAGAGAAGUCCACAGAAAAAGCCAGAAGUAAUUGGAUCUGCAUCACUCCCUUUGCGAUCUGUCAUUCAGUCAGAACUGCUUUCUUUUAGUGAUCAACUUCCAGUGCAGCAAGAAAAUAAGCAGAUACCACUCGGCCCUCUCAAGGUAACCGUGGAGCUUGUUAUAGAUAACAAAGAUUUCACUGGUAUCAAUACUAAGUUAAGUCACAGCACCCAACAUACCCCACUUUGUGCUUUUACAAGCCCAGAUAAGAUACCAUCAGAAGCAAGCCAAGAUAUUGCCUGGACCAAAAAUUCACAGUCUUUAAAUCAAAUUCAUGAGGAAACUACAAAGGAAGCACAAACUUUGGUGCACCCCAACCCAAAGUCACCAACCCCUGUAGAGCCAAAUCCUUCCACCUUUAUUACUGUGCCAGCAUCCCACAAGUUAAAUCAGACAGAUGGGUCAACAAAAGAGACUACUUUGCUAUUGCAUGUCCUGUUGAUGGUGCCAGAUGGGAAAGAUUUCAUUACUGGAGAAUCUGAGAAACAACCAUGCAAUAUUUAUUUAAACUGCAAACUCUUCAGCACAGAGGAAGUCACCAGAUCUGCCAUCUCAUGGGGCACAACACAACCAGUCUUUAACUUUUCCCAGGUGAUUCCUGUCUCUCUGUCUUCCACAUAUCUUGAAAGGCUUAAGAAUAAUGUGAUGAUAAUUGAAACUUGGAACAAGGUGCGGAGCCCAGGACAAGACAAGCUGCUCGGGCUGGUGAAACUCCCCCUCCAUCAGUUUUACGUGUCAUUCAAAGAUCCCAAGAUUUCUCGCCUGCUACUUGAUGGCCAGUACCCAGUUGUUGCUGUGGACAGCUACAUGCCUGUUAUUGAUGUGUUCUCAGGCCGCCAAACUGGGAGCCUUCGAGUCUUUUUAGCUAUGGGUUCUUCAGUUCAGAUAAUAGCAGUACAAAAGUUAAAGAAUGAAGAAGGAAUGCUCUCUCCCUUCAGCCCUAGGCCAGCCCAGUUCCUGGACCAGCCAUCUAUAGCAUCUGUUGCUGCGACAGAGGACCAUGGAAAUGGAUUGAUGGAGCACCACUUUGAGAUCCAUGUAGAGAUGGUUAAAGGGCUAGUCCCUCUUCAGGCAACAGUCUGGGGAGAAGCAGACUGUUAUGUCCAGUACUACUUUCCAGCUCAAGACUCCCCAUCCAGUAUGCUGAAAGGACCUGAAUUCCUUGAAAAUGAAAUUACUUUGAAGCCCUUCAGAUCUGCAACCACACUCUGUGUUCCAGAUCCCAUCUUUAAUAGUGAGCAUCAUCACUCUCUCCUCUUGCCAACUGAAGUUCCAGUGCAAAGGCUCCUACUCAGUGCCUUCUCUACUCAGGGGCUCGUGCCUGGAGGUGGAGUCCAGUUUGAAAUCUGGUGCAGAUACUAUUAUCCUGAUGUAAAAGACCAGAUAGUCGCCAAAGGAACCUUGCCAUUUUCGAGGAUCUCUGCCAUGGUAACCAAGCAGCACCAUGAGGAUUUGGGAAUACAGACCUUUAAUCUCCCUUUAAUGCCCAGGCUUGAGAGCAGGAAAGAACUGAGGAACCAGUCAUCAGGUUUCCUGGACGUGGGCCUAAGGUACAGGCGUACUCUAAGGACAGCAGAGGGAGUUCUUGCUGCCCGAGCUGUCUCCAUUUCAGUGCAGAUUAUCAGAGCCUGUGGUCUGCAAGCAGCAGCCAAGGCUUUGGCUGAGCAGGAACCUGCUCUACAGUUCAGCGCCACAGUCGGGGUCAAUGCUUCUGUCACUGCUCAUCUCUCCUUCCUGCCCAAGGGAGAGCAACGCCGAACCCGUUCUGUGGCCUGUUCCUUCUGUCCUGAGUUCUCCCAUCACAUUGAGUUCCCAUGUAACUUGGUAACUCAGCACUGCAGUGGAGAGGCCUGUUUCCUGGCAGAGCUUUUGGAGUUUGCAGAGGUCACUUUUGCUAUCUAUCAUGAAGAUACCAAGUCAGCAAGUGAUAUAGCCAGUAUCCAGCCAUCCAAAGAUUAUCUACUCGGAGUAGUAAAAGUUCCAACAAAAGAGUUACUGGUGAAGAGAUCUGGGAUCACAGGUUGGUAUCCUGUCAUUUUCCCAGAAAAUAGGGUCCUGCCUCACAGCUUGGAGCUCAUGCAGAAGAUUGUAGGUGGGCUGGAGCUUUCUGUUUCCUUUACCCAUCCCGGAGAUAGAGAGCGGGUAUUGGAAGCUGCUGAGCUGUUGGGCUGGAGCUUUGAGAACAGCCUGACAGAUCUUGUUAAGAUGAAUGAGGAAGAGCCAGCCACUGUCACCAUCUCCACCCCACGGCUCUGGCUGCCCCUCCGUUGUGUGCUGCUUGCUGGCCAGAAGCACAUUCAUAAGAACACCUAUUGCUAUCUCCGCUACAAGCUGUAUGACCAUGAAGGCUUUUGGACCCCUCUCAGGAAGCCUAAGGAAUCUACAAACAAAAAACAGGUCAUGGUUACUUUCAAGGCAUCCAAAAGAGCAGAAGUCUCCAGGGGCCCAUCACUGCUUUGGUACUUCAGGGAGGAGAGGCUAGAGAUACAAGUGUGGCGGGCAUAUGGCAAUGAUAGCGUGGAGAGACCUCACCAGACGGACAGCUGGAUUGGCUCAGCCUAUGUGGACCUGACCAGACUUGGGGAGAGAUCCGCAAGAACACUAACUGUCAGUGGUGUGUAUCCUCUGUUUGGACGAAAUGCUUCCAACCUCUCAGGAGCUGCUUUGCGAGUUCAUGUGGUUCUUUCAUCUCUUUCCCCACACCCUGGACCCACUCGUGAGCCAGAUUCCAUGGACCUUAGCAGCCACAGUGAGGAUGAGCCCCUUUCCAGAAGGGAUGAGAUCCAGCUCUCUCCCCUUCAUGGCAACCAGAAGUCUCCUCCUGCCUACACCCAGGCCCCCUGCAGCAGCACCACAGCUGAAGUCCGCUUAGCUCAGGAGGGCCCUGCUGAGUUGGUCGGAACUUUUGCAGUCAGUAUCCUGGUAGAAAGAGCAAUGCACUUAAGCUUGAAAGGGACCCCCUUGACGGAGCGGAAAGUAUCACUACCCAGUUGUUGUGUAUCUUUUGCAACAGCCGACGGGCCAUCUCCUAUAUACACUCAAGUGAUUGAAAACACGGAUUCCCCCAUAUGGAAUUUUCAACAGCAGUCAAGAUUAUCAAAAGAACUUCUUCUGGACCCACAGCAAAUGCUGGUCUUCAAAGUUUGGCAUAAAGGAGAUGAGGAGAGGGUAAUUGGCUUUGCCUCGGUGGACCUCUCCCCACUUCUCUCUGGCUUCCAGUUUGUCUGUGGCUGGUACAACAUCACGGACUUCAGUGGAGAGUGCCAGGGACAGAUAAAAGUUGCUAUCUCCCCUUUGGAGAGUUUGUUGCAUUUCAAAGAAGAAAGGCAAGCAAGACGCGGGGUGCAGACCCCAGGAUCACUGAUUCCAAAAUAUAGUCCCUUUUCCUUCCCUGUUUCUGAUAUGUAUGCUGCAUUCCCUAGCUGCCUUGCAAGACAGACCCCAGAACAACCUACUCACAUCUCUUCAAAGGAGCUUGAUUUCUCCUCUCCUGGGAGACGUGGUAUCUCAAAAAGCCAGGCAUCACGCCAUGAAGAGCAUGUGCAGAACAUCCGUCGUUUUCAUGAAUCCUUGCAUCAGGGAGAGGCAGUCCUGUCAAGUAAUGACAAACUGAGCACAUCACCUUUAUCCUCCAAUACUUCCCUUCUCAGUUCUCUCAGGAGGAAUCUGAGUGAGCUAGAUCAGAUCCAGCACUACUUUAGCCAGAAGCUCACCAAGCCUUUCCUACCCCUCAGCCCUCAGGCUCAUAAUGCCAUCUUGCAGUGCCAGGAGAGCAAUAGGGACCAUCUUGGGCCAGAAGCCAGUGGCCUAGAACCUGAGAGCCAGUGCAUCCUGGAGAAAUCCAAUAACCUGGUGUUGCAAGUCAGCUCCUUAAUCACGGAUCUGCAGACUAUCACCAGGAAUUCUCAAGCAUCUUUGAGUUCUCACCGAGACAGGAGUAGAAGCCAAGAGGUCACCAUGCACCCAAAUGUUCAAGACACAGAGGCCAUACAAGAACGAAGUAGAACUCCAGACCUGUCGUUGGCAAGAGCUCCAGAUGAGAGCACAAAUUCCCUGCCUCCCCCUACUCUUGAAGAGACUCCAAGUGGAAGAGGAAUGCUCCCUGAGUCCCUGGGGAAUCUAGCACCCAUAAAUGAUGCUGGAUCAUUGGUGUUUACAAGGAUGCAGAGCAGUGAGGACACUGAGGCAGGCCCAGCCUACAGUGAUGAGGACUAUGAAGAAGACGUCAUUGAGCCCCGAACUCUAAAUGAGAUCACCACUGUGACAGACAAAACUAGUCCUUGGUCCAGUUUUGUGUCAGAUACAAGUGAGGUCAUCAGCCUUCAGCCUGAUGAGGUGCAGAGGAAAAGCCCCUGUUGCCCUUCUUCAGAGCCUUUUCCGAGAGAGGAGCUCAAGGUCAGAAGUAGCAUUCUGUCCAGCCCAGAACAGGUUGUCAGUCCCCACCUGCCUAUACAGGGUUCUUCUAGCCGAAGUCAUGUUCCUAAUGAGGAUGAGGCCUCUAAGGCCAGGGCUGGAAAGCCUGCCUCAGCAGACCUUCAGCUCAUCCCACCUCUGAUACUCUCAGGAACCCAACAAAACAACACCUUUGUUGGAUGGAGCUCAUCAAGAGCAGAUCAUGACAGAGAGCUCAAGCCGGAACCCCAGACUGAGAAUGAAGCCACCUCCAGUGAACUAAGUGACUCUGCUGAUAGCUUUGAGAAAUUCCCUCUACACCUAGUCUCCCAGAGCAGAAGGGAAAACCAUACGGGACCACCCAUUGACUCCCCUGACACCAGGCAGAAGCAGGUGACUACUGGAUCAGAGGUGUCCACAAGGCAGAGCCGCCUCCUCCCAGAGCCCAUUGUGGUGCCCAAUUUCUUUUUGCCUCCCCAGCAGCUGGAGGCCUCCAUGCGGAUGCUUUCGCUCUCUGCAGCUUUGCCACCACAAACCACAGCAGAUCAGGACAAGAGUGAGCCUAGCAGAAGAACCCUGUCCCAAAGGCCCUGUCGCCCCAGACCUAACACACUCCCUCCCCAACUACCUGAGGAAGAAACUCGCAGGAUUGCACGGAUAUUCUCAUCCCACUACUCCCAGAAAGACUAAUGCAGCCUUCUGAGGGACUGAAGGAAAGCCCCACCUGCUGCAGGAGGCCUCAGCCUUGUCCAGCUUGCAGAAGGCAUCACAUCUGAUUCCCUCGGGGCUGUGAUAGCCCUGAUGUCACCACCAGCCUAGUCCGUGGGUACCUUAAGACCCAGUCAGCCCAGACUGGAGGAGCUUCCCAAACUUGCCAGGACUUCAGCUUCUUCCCUCUGUGGUGAGGCAAAGGCUAGAAUAAUAUGGACUCCAGCACCCAAGCGGCCUUCUCUUCUUCUGACCAAGGACCCAAGAAGGAAGCUUCUUUCUGCUGAAAUGCUCCUCCCAGUGCCCUUGACAUAGCCAAACUGCUGGUGUGAGCCCACCAUCUGCCUGAGAAUGCUGGGCCAUUUUUACCUUAAAAGUUGUGGUGGUGGGGGUUGUACCUCUGUGCUGUGUGCAGCCAAGCAAAUCCUAGGGCCACCUCUAGUUCAUUUGCUUGGGAAUGAGGCUAUUUUAUAGGUACAAAUUAUUUUUAUGCUCUGUUAAUAAGUAGGAGAGGGUGGGGAAUCACCUCCUUCAAACUUUUUAUCUGAUUGUCUGAAAUUCUAACCAUGCUUUUAACUUAUUGUUUUACCCAGCUCUGAGGGUCAUUGUACCUGCCUGUGUGUGAAUAAAAUCAUAUUGGUAUUUGUA